AUGAAGUCUAAGAGCAUCUACAACAUUGCACUCGCUGUCACGAUUCUUCUUUUGCUGCUGCUUGGAGGAAAGGUCAACAACACCGCCACCGCAGAUGGAGAAGAGGAGGAUGAAGUGCUGCAAGCAGAACAGAACGGAAGACCCGUCGGCCUGGCAGAUCACAUCUUGAAAAAGGAUAAAGUGACACUUGCUGAGGGCUCAAGAUCUGCAGUUACCGAAGAAGACUACGAGGAGUAUAGGAAGAACUCUCCUGAUGCAUGCGAUGUUAGACUUGGCGAAAAGAAAGGAGAGGAUGGAUAUAUCAUUGUUAGCUACUCCAAGAACUCCAAAGCGGCGCAAAAAGGGUGCACUUUGGAUCUCUUCACCAAUCUUGAGAAAAAGAUCGAGUUCGAGACUUUUCUGAAAAAUGAUAAUGGUGGCGGUCCUGAAGGAUGUGUGAAGGAAGAGGAUGAUAACUACAAUGACAAUGUACUGCCCUUCGCCUACAGCCAUCCAGCCGAUCUAUCAGAAAUCCUAAAAGAACCAAUUCAAGGAAAGUCUGGCAAAGGCUGUAACAGUAAAAUCUGUUUAGAGGAAACCUGCAUCCAAAAGACGGGCCUUGAGCUUAGAUGGGUCACAAUUAAAAAUGAGACUAUCGAUUAUGUCAACCUUCUUCUCAAUCCAAGUAAGAAAACUAGAUUUGUUUAA